UUAUAAUUUAAUCUUUUAUAAAUCACCCGGCAGAAUCGAAGAACAACAUUCAGAAGAGAAAAACAGAGCAAUGGAGAAGAUUGAGCACUCAACAGUUUCCACUAAUGGCAUCAACAUGCAUUUUGCUUCGAUCGGCGCCGGACCGGCGGUUCUCCUCCUCCACGGUUUCCCGGAGCUGUGGUACUCAUGGCGCCACCAGCUCCUCUUCCUCGCCUCCAAGGGCUACCGCGCCAUAGCCCCCGAUCUCCGCGGCUUCGGCGACACCGACGCGCCGCCGUCUCCCUCCUCCUACUCCGCCCACCACAUCGUCGGCGACCUGGUCGGCCUCCUCGACCACCUCGGAAUCGAUCAAGUUUUCUUGGUAGGGCACGAUUGGGGCGCGAUGAUGGCCUGGUACUUCUGCUUGUUCAGACCCGACAGAGUCAGGGCUUUAGUGAACUUGAGCGUGCAUUAUCUUCACCGCCAUCCAUCCAUCAAAUUCGUCGACGGAUUUAGGGCUGUUCUCGGCGAUGAUUUCUACUUCUGUCAAUUUCAGGAACCGGGCGUUGCGGAAGCGGAUUUCGGUUCUGUUGAUACAGCGACAAUGAUGAAGAAAUUUCUCACAAUGACAGAUCCUCGGCCUCCGAUCAUCCCAAAGGAGAAGGGAUUCAGAUCGCUGGAAACUCCAGAUCCUCUGCCCGAUUGGUUAACGGAGGAGGAUAUCGAUUAUUACGCAUCCAAAUUCGCGAGAACAGGCUUCACCGGAGGAUUCAACUACUAUCGAGCUUUUAAUUUAUCUUGGGAAUUGACAGCGCCAUGGAGUGGAGCGCAGAUCAAAGUUCCUGCAAAAUUGAUAGUUGGGGAUCUUGAUCUGGUGUACCAUUUCCCCGGCGCGAAGGAGUACAUCCACGGCGGCGGGUUCAAGAAAGACGUGCCGCUGCUGGAAGAAGUGGUGGUGAUUGAAGGAGCAGCUCACUUCAUCAACCAGGAAAGGGCAGACGAAAUAAACUCCCAUAUCUAUGACUUCAUCAACAAGUUCUGAAUCCUCCUCCUCUGCUCCUUCCAAAUUUCUUUUAUCUUUUCAUGGCGGCAUCUUUAAGAGCAUUUUUUUGUUUUUGUUUUUUUUGUUUCUAAAGAAAUCUUUAAGAGCAUUGAUCUGUUGGAAAUGGAUGUUGAUUUCCAUGUAUCUUUUCGUUUCUGUGUGAUGGCUUUCUUUUGAUAACCACUGCGAUUUAUGCAUGUUCCAGAUUGUUUUAA